GACUGGCCGGUGUCAUCUAGCUAGUAGACCUACCGGUACUCACAAAAUCAAAGGAAAUGCAAGCACAACACAUGUUGCCUUCCUGCCCUUCAACAACAUCCACCUCACCUAACUCACAACGCCCACUCUAACCAAGUACUAAUACUCACAUUAAUCCCAUCUUUACUCACAUCGUCUGUGUAAGGCAAGGCGCCAUUGCUGUCCAUAUAUUGAAAAAUGCCCGAACAAGAAUUUACCGUUCCAUUCCUUGCGGAUGUUUCUUCCUUCUAUGGGUACAUCUCCUCUCCUCCGGAUCCACAGACUCCUUCUGCCAAAGAUGUUAUUCUAGGGCGUGGGGGAAAGAAGCACGAACACAGUGGCAAUGUUCGGCUUCAUGAGAUGGCCCUGGAAAUGAUAUCUCAGUACAUGACAGCCAGAAAGCACGAAAAGAGGCAACUCACAGAGCAAUUGGUCCGUCAGGUGCAUCAGUAUGGAGGCCGCUUUAUGGCGCAAGCAGUUGAUAAUGGUCCGUGGGAAGUGGAAAAUUUUGAAAAAGCAAAGGCCAAGGCACGCGAUUGCCUCCACGGCAUCAUCAUGUCCAGGACCCCCAAGAAACUGAUGAGGGAGCGUCUUUGCAAUCCAAUUGUCGAUUUGGAAGAUGCCGCUGAUGGCAGUUGGACCCAUGUGGAUGAGGGCAUGGGCGGUGAUACUGACAUGGAAUUCCCCGAUUUUGAAGAAAUUUUGGAGCUGUAG